AGGGAAUAACAAAAUGCAACUUACUUCAGUGUAAACCAGUCAAAAUCUUUUGUAUAAAGCAAUUGUAUGUCUCAUUGCAUCUUGUGAAGAUGAAUACGUUUGUGACUCAUCCAAGUGUCCGAAUCAAAGGAACAGAGAACAACUACAACCCUGCUCCCUGCUAUGACCAGAUGUGUUCUAACAAAAGUGCUCAUAUGCAUUGUCCAUUUUGUGUCAAAUCUGACAUUUACCAAGAUCCUGUGAUACUAAAAGCCCAUUACAGAGUUAAACAUGUUGACAAAGGCAUAGACUUCGCUGGUCUUAAGAUUCUGCGAUGUUGUGAUCACUGUGACAUUGUUGGUGUGAUCAAAGGAGAAAAGAAGUUUAAGGGAGCACACUGGCAUUGCUAUAGGUGUAGAAAUGGGUUCAACAGGAGAGAUGAGGCCAUCAAACACUACAAAACCCACUUUCGAAAUCCACAAACAACAUUUCAGAUACAGGUAGCUCAGGAGGUGAACAAUCCUAGUUCUGGAUAUUGUGAUAGUACAGCAACUAUUGACCAGGGUGGCAUAUCUAUACACCCAGCUCUUACCGAGGCUGUUAUGUCAUCUAGUCUAGCUCAGGAACCAGGUUUGAUGAGCCAGCCCCACCAAGUGACUGUAUCCAAUGGUAAGGUCCCUGAGGGUUCCGUCCAUGUCUCUGUGGCUGCCAACGAGACAGUGGACACUUCUGAUGGCCAAACACAUCACAUCAUGAUUAUACAGGAGGAACCAGUAGAAAACAAUAGCAAUACAUACACUACCCAGAUCAUCACUAGUGAGGAUGUGAGGAUGGUUGAGGAAAAGGAGCAGUCGAACCACCAAAAUGCAGCCAACAAAUUGGAGGAGCUACAGCAAAAAUACCAACAGCUGGAGGCUGAAAAGGACGAGACAGAACGUAUACUGAGAACAGAAAUUCUUUCCCUGAAGUCACAGGUGGAGACCCUGGGAAAGGAAGUACUGUCCUACCAAAAGCGUGAGGAAGAAUUACUGGAGCAGGUCAGUGUUCCACUGGACCGUAAUAUAGAAACUUUGUUAAAGAAUAUGGAGACACAGCACCGAGAUCUUCUCCACCAACAGCUGCUUGUCAUCAAACGCGAGUACAAACCACAAACAUUUUUGUCUAACACUGUGGUGGAUGGGCAAAAUAAAGCCUCACCAAAGACUAAUAGUAACAUUCAGCGCUACAUCAUUGAGUGUAACCUGGACCAAGACUCUAAUCCAGCACCUGAUGAAUUAGUUGAUCAAUCUAAACCAGGUGACUCUGAUCCUGACAACGAAGCAGAAAGUCCCAGAGCUGUGAUGGGCACAGGUGAGGAAUCGUCUCUUCAGGAGAAUGUGGAGGAUUCAACUAUAUCAGAUAGUCAGAGUGAUGUCAAUAAAGCCCUCCAGGAUAGCAUUUUGUCAAAUCUAGAUAACAGUCAGCGAGGAAAUCUUAGCUUCCAGCUUGGUGGAGAGGGGUAUUCCUACUGUGUUUCCGAGGAAUCUGAGGGGAAAACAGACCCAAAAAACAAUCCUCUAGUAGUAUGUAUUGAGUAUCCAUCCGAUGUAACACUUACUCCUGUGGAAAAUACAUUCAAAGUUCUUGACAAUUAUAAUGCAUCACAGAUAGUACAACCCAUCUCAAUUGUGAAUAAGGGAGAUGCUUGUGUGGAGCCUGAAGCAAAACGUCAAAAACAGUGCUGAUAAAUUGUUUCAUCGAUCCCAAAUCUUCCAAUGUGUUAUAUUCAUACCAUUAAUUUUAUUUAUUUUUAUUUUUCAAUGAAAUAUAGAUCAUGGAAUAUCAAAGACAUUAUAAAGGGGAUAUGUCUGUUAUCAUUCUCUGUAAAACAUAUUUUUGUACGUUAUGAUUGAGGUGUCUGUUAUAUAAUUUAUUCAAACAACUGUCUUUGAUAUUUUAUGAUCCAUUAUAUACUGUUGAUAACAUGCCGUAAAACUCCAUAAUCAAGUACCUAACUUGUUUGUUCCUGUUAAAUCUCUUCCUUAAUACAUUGUUAAUUCUAUGUGUCAGUAAGUAAAGAAAUCUGCAUCACACAAUACAGUAAAAUACUUGUAUUACUUCAUUCUGUUAUUUCUUAAUGCCCAAUUUAAAUUCUUCCAUGCUCGUUUGCAAAACAUGCAUAUUGGCAAAACCUAUGCACAUUUAUUAAUUACUUCUUUGAUUUCAAAUAUGAAUGUGGUAAGUGUAGGAGUUGAUAAAACAAUAUAUAAUACCUCUGUGUAAAGUGAAUUAAUUGGUCGAGUUUGGAACACACUUUUUCUUAAAAAAAUUUUGAUGGGUUCCAUUAAUAUCAAUAGACAUACACUCAAUAGGUUUUCAAAAUGCAGGCCAGUCCAACAUGAAGAGCUUAAAUUUAGAACUUGAUCAAAUAUCAGUGUCCCAAAAAACAAACCCUAUACAAGGUCUAUAUUCUUCAAGUUAUAAUUGAGUUGUUCUCAGAAAACCGGGAAACUGGUACAGAAAAAUAUAACAAGUAUUACACAGUAAUGAAAGAAAUUAAUUAAUUUUAUAAACCUGUUAUUAAUACAGUGUAAUUUUAGUAAAACCAGUAAAUGCUUACCUGUUCUUUCUAUUGAAUUAAAAAUUAAUAUGAAUUUGAACUAAUACAGUUUACUGAUGCAGAAAAUUACAGUGAAUAAGCCACAUGAUUUGUAAAAACAACAGAGCAUUUCUGGAUUUCCUGAUAAAUUUGUUGCAUGGAAAAUAUUUUUAAAAUGUAUACUGGUGUUUUAAGUUCCAUAUAAUUAAAAUAUUAAAGAAAAGAUAAUGUCUACAAUGAUGAAGUCCUGUAGGAUUCUAUUGCAUUUAUACCUUUAAUUACAUAUAGAGGAUUGUUCAUCCCAAAGUUUCUCUUGUUUUGUAAUUUACAUAUACACUGCAUGAUAUAUGGAUAUAGGUAACUGUUGGGUACAAAGGCAUCUAACACACUGGAUUUUCUAGUCUUCAAAAGUAAACAACUUUGUUUUAAUCCACCGGAAAUAAAACAAUUAAAUUUGGUAAUUUUCACUAUAGGUUCAGUUUAAGAUUUCGUUUUCUAGAUGAUCUUUUGAUGACCUUAUUUGGCUUUAAAGUUCCAAAGUAAAAAGAAAUUAUCUGAACAAUACAUUCAUCAUAAACUAUAACAAAUCAGUUUGAUAAAUUUUCAUUUCAAUUUGAACUUCAAGAGCAAAGAUGACCUUGAUAGUGACAAUAUUGUGUUUCAUAGUAACCGAAAAUUUCAUGAUUCGCAAGUUUUUGCACAAUAACAAGGUGACUUAUUUUCUCAUUUUGUAAAAAUUUGAUUACUUCAAAGAAAUGAGCUCAUAUUAAGAUAAAUGAUUUGCUGAAGGAAAAUCUACAACUACACAAAAACCAUCUCCAACAUUGAAAUUCUGAAGUCAUUGGUAAUUUAGCUUCCUUACAACAUGUACCUGGUUGGCCCCUUCUUUAAGUCAGUUUUCAAGUUUAGGACAUGUUCGCCUUAUGUUCCUGCUUUCUCUAUCAGUUUUCUUGUUAGUAUCCUGUUAAAUUUUUGUAAAGAUGUUUAAUUUUCUUUGUUUUAAAGACAAUCGAUGAAAUAUGGAACAAAAGAGAACACAAGUUGAAUGUUUGUUGAUUGUAAUUGAAAAUGUUUGUUUCAAAUUAUAUGAUUUAUUGAAACCAUAGUUAAUUAUUAGAUUAUUGUGAGUCGACAUCU